AUGUUUAUUCAAAUAAAGGGUGGAGUUUGGAAAAACACAGAGGAUGAGGUGCUCAAGGCCGCCGUUAUGAAAUAUGGACUUAACAACUGGUCCAGAGUCUCAUCCUUAUUGGUAAAUAAAUCGGCAAAACAAUGUAAAGCCAGAUGGUUCGAGUGGCUCGAUCCUCAUAUUAAAAAGACUGAAUGGUCCAAAGAGGAAGAAGAGAAGCUUUUACACCUGGCCAAACUGUUUCCAACGCAGUGGAGAACAAUAGGACCGCUGAUAGGACGCACAGCGUACCAGUGUUUACAACAUUAUGAGCGACUUUUGGACCAAGCCCAGGGACGCGAGGAGGACGACGAAUUUGACCCUAGGAAACUGCGUCCAGGUGAGAUUGAUCCACAGCUGGAGUGUAAGCCGUCAAGGCCUGACGCAGUGGACAUGGACGACGAUGAAAAGGAAAUGUUGGCCGAAGCAAGAGCACGUUUGGCCAACACGAGGGGUAAAAAGGCAAAGAGGAAGGCGAGAGAGAAGGCGUUGGAACAGUCAAAGAGAAUAGCAGCGCUGCAGAAGAGGAGAGAGCUAAAGUCGGCAGGGAUUUCAGUGAGAAACUUUAAGUCGAAGAAGGAAACCAUCGACUACGAGCAUGAAAUCCCAUUUGAGAUACAGCCGCCAAAAGGAUUUUACCCACCAGAUAAGGAUAAGCCUGCAAACUUAUCAAUAAAGAACAUUGAGCAGCUUGAAGGAAUUCGCCGCGACCAGGAGUUGGAGAGGCUGCGGAAGGAUGACAUCAGGAAGCUGAAGAGGCUGCAAAGCGACGACACGCCGGCGGCAAUGGCAAUAUUUGAAAAGUACGACAAGUCUAGGAGUUUGAAGAAUAGACUGGUACUCCCGGAGCCAACGAUGACUGAUGAGGAAAUUAAUCAAAUUAUUAAGAUGGGAGCAGACGUGCAACUGCUAGAGAACGCAACCAACAGUGUGGUUGCAAGGACCCCGAUGACCUCGUCCAUAAUGGAAGAGGCUAGAAUCGCCGCAAUGGCAAACAAGCUGCAAACACCCUUAGAGGGAGAAAUAAACCUUCCAGACUCGUCGUUUCCAGUUCCGCAGACUCCAGCACAGUUUCAGACUCCUAAUCCAAUAAAGCAACUGAUGGCACAAACGCCACUGUCGAUAUUUGGCGCAAGGUCCACAUCAGGGUAUACACCCAGACCGAGUGAUACUUCAGUGUAUGAUGGAGCCUCAGAUGCCGAUCCGAUAGGAGCAAAGGCAAGGAUGGAUAUGGCUAAACUAUACGUUAAAGCAAGUCUAUCCAAUUUACCAGAGCCAGAAGAGCAAGUUGAAAUAACAGUACCAGAAAUUGAAAGUUUGGAAUCAGAUGAAGUUGACCAGGACCAGAAGGAGGCUGAUAUGGAGGAUUUAGAAGCACAGAAGGUGAGACUGGCUAAAAAGAAAAUGGAGGAGGAUGCGCUGCAGGAUUCUGAGGUGAUAAAGAGAAGACUGCCCAGGCCGUCAGUGUUCAACUCCAUAGUGUUCGUAAACGACCUGGAAAACACAUUCAAUGAAUCGCAAAUGGCCCAGAAGCAGCUAAUAAACGAAGAGUUUUUAAACAUACUGGCCUACGACAGCGUGAAGCACCCAAUUCCGCACGGAAGACCGGCAGACAACUACGUCCCCAGGGAACACUUUGAUAUAAAUCUACUCGAGGAAGCGAGAAGACUGAUUGACGAGGAGGCAAGGCUCCUAUCAGCUGGUCUCGGCGACUCUAAUCUGGAAAUGGACUGGAAAACUGACAACUUCAAAUACUCGCACCUGCAGAAGAGAUACAUGCCGUCAGAAAAGCUAACGCUGCAGGAGCAGAGGGCCUCGGAGGAAACGCUCUACAGGGAGUACGAGAAGCACCUGGAGAACCUCUCGAAGCGAAUCAAGGGGCUGGAGAACAAGUACGCAGUCUCGACGGGAGGAUAUCGCAAAAGGGAGGAGCUGAUCACGAAGGAAAUAGACGACAUGUAUGAAUCGACUGGCCAGGCGAUGAACGAUCUCAGUUCCUUCAGCCAUAUGGAGGCCCGGGAGAGGCUCGCCUCGAGUGAGCGUAUAUCUGCGCAGCUGGACCUGCUGCAGAGGGAGAAGCGGCUCAACGGAAAGUUGCAGGUAUCUUGGCCCCAGAUACACCCUUAUUUCAGAAACUGUACUCUGAAGCGACUCGGUCGUGACCCGUAUGUGUAA